AUGUCUUCUCCUCAGGCCGUCAAGGAUUCAGCUAAAAAAUUAGUUAAUUUACUGGAGAAAUAUCCAAAGGAUCGUAUACCCCACUUGGUCUCAUUCAAGGAUGUACAAAUAGCAAGAUAUAGACGUGUAGCGGGCUUACCCAAUGUAGAUGACAAAGGAAAAUCUAUAAAAGAGAAAAAACCCUCUUUAGAUGAAAUAAAGAGUAUUAUUAAUAGAACUUCAGGCCCAUUAGGGCUAAAUAAGGAGAUGUUAGCUAAAAUUCAAAAUAAAAUGGUCGAUGAAAAGUUCACGGAAGAAAGUAUCAACGAGCAAAUUCGUGCCUUGGGCACUAUAAUGAGUAAUAAAUUCAGAAACUAUUACGAUAUUGGCGAUAAGCUUUAUAAACCUGCGGGAAAUCCCCAUUAUUAUCAACGACUAAUAGAUGCCGUUGACGGUAAGAAAAAGGAAAGUCUACUCACAGCAAUGAGAACUGUAAUAUUUGGUAAGUAA